AUCUCCCUCAAUGCUACGACAUUUCUCUUUUUCUUAAAAAAAUUCAAUUAUUGAAAGUAUUGUUUAAAGUAUUCAUUUUAGGAGUGACCAAGACUGAGUCCAACCCAAAGACUCCUUCAGACACAGUAAUUUCGAGUUGCAACCAACUUGCCUCAAUUCUCAUAUCUCAUUUCUCAUACCUCUAUUCUCAUGGCUAUGCCACAAUCAUCUUCCUCCUCUUCUUCAUCCUCCUCCAAAUUCACCUAUAACGUGUUCCUAAGUUUCAGAGGAGCUGACACUCGCCAUGGUUUUACCGGCAAUCUUUACGAUGCUCUAUGUAAAAGUGGAGUCCACACUUUCAAGGAUGACGAGGAGCUUCAACGAGGGGGUGAAAUAACAGCAUCACUUAUGAAAGCCAUUGAAGAGUCCAGAAUUUUCAUCCCUGUUUUCUCAAAGAACUAUGCUUCUUCUUCAUUUUGUUUGGACGAACUUGUCCACAUCAUUCGUUACUCCAAGUCAAAGGGACGCCUGGUUCUACCAGUUUUCUAUGAUAUUGCUCCUACUCAUGUACGAAAGCAGACUGGGAGCAUCGGUGAAGAACUUGCGAAGCAUCAAGAGAAGUUCCAAAAGAAUAUGGAAAGGCUGCAGGAAUGGAAGAUGGCUCUUAAAGAAGCAGCUGAGCUUUCCGGCCACCACUUCAAUCUUGCGGGACGACCUGACAUUCGCGAUGGUUUUACCGGCAAUCUUUACGAUGCUCUACGUAAAAGUGGAGUCCACACUUUCAUGGAUGACGAAGAGCUUCAACGAGGGGGUGAAAUAACACCAUCGCUUGUGAAAGCCAUUGAAGAAUCCAGAAUUUUCAUCCCUGUUUUCUCAAAGGACUAUGCUUCUUCUUCAUUUUGUUUGGACGAACUUGUCCAUAUCAUUCGUUGCUCCAAGUCAAAGGGACGCCCGGUUCUGCCAGUUUUCUGUAACAUAGAUCCUAAUCAUGUACGAAAUCAGACUGGGAGCAUCGGUGAAGAACUGGCAAAGCAUCAAGAGAAGUUCCAAAAGAAUAUGAAAAGGCUGCGGGAAUGGAAGAAAGCUCUUAAACAAGCAGCUGAUCUUUCCGGCUACCACUUCGAUCUUGCUGGGACUGAAUAUGAAUCCAAUUUUAUUCAAGGCAUAGUUAAAGAGGUCUCCCGCAGGAUCGAUCGUGUACCUCUACAUGUUACAGAGUUCCCUGUUGGCCUGGAAUCUCAAGUACUAAAAGUAAAGUCACUUAUGGACGUUGGAUGCCAUGAUGGUGCCCAGAUGAUUGGGAUCCAUGGGAUUGGCGGAAUAGGCAAAACAACACUUGCAAAAGAGAUUUAUAAUCGGAUUUAUGAUCAAUUUGACAAGGUGUGUUUCCUACAUGACGUGAGAGAAAUUUGUUCGACUAAAUAUGGCUUAGUACAUCUCCAGGAGCAACUCCUCUUCCAAACAGUUGGGCUAAACGAUAAGCUAGGACAUGUCAGUGAGGGAAUUCAAUUCAUAAAGGAAAGACUACAACAGAAGAAGGUUUUGUUGAUUCUUGAUGAUGUUGACCAACCAGACCAGCUGAAGGCUUUGGCUGGAGAUCUUAAUUGGUUUUGCGGUGGUAGCAAGGUGAUCGUUACCACCCGAGAUAAACAUUUGUUAGCAAGUUAUGGGGUUGAAAAAACAUAUGAAGUGAAUGGGUUAAAUGAGAAAGAUGCACUUGACUUGUUGAGGUGGAAGGUUUGUAAAAGUAACAAAAUUGGUUCCAGUUAUGAGGGCAUUUUAGAACAUGCAUCAAGAUAUUCCUCUGGCCUUCCAUUAGCUUUAGAAGUAGUGGGUUCUGACUUGUCUGGAAAGUCUAAAGACGAAUGGAGUUCUACAUUGGCUCGAUAUGAAAGGACUGUUCCUAAAAACAUCCAACAGAUACUUAAAGUCAGCUUUGAUGCUUUGCAGGAGGAAGAUAAGAGUCUCUUUCUCGACAUUGCUUGUUUUUUCAAAGGAUGUAGACUGGAAGAGUUCCAAGAUAUACUUGAUGCUCAUUAUACUUAUUGCAUCAAAAAUCAUAUUGGAGUGUUGGUUGAAAAAUCACUCAUAAAGAUUAUUGGGGGUUGUGUGACAUUACAUGACUUGAUAGAGGAAAUGGGUAAAGAAAUCGUACGACAAGAAUCACCAAAAGAGCCUGGAAAACGUAGUAGGUUGUGGUCCCAUGAAGAUAUAGUUCCUGUUUUACAUGCAAAUUCGGGAACAAGAAAAAUUGAAAUAUUAUACCUGAAUUUCUCAUUGUCUAAAGAAGAAGAGGUAGAAUGGAAAGGAGAUGAAUUGAAGAAGAUGGAAAAUCUUAGAACAAUUAUCAUCCGAAAUUGCCCCUUUUCCAAAGGUUGUCAACAUCUUCCAAAUGGUUUGAGAGUGCUGGAUUGGCCUAAAUACCCUUCAGAGAAUUUACCAUCUGAUUUUUUUCCAAGGAAACUUUCCAUAUGCAGGUUACGUGAAAGUAGCCUUACAACAUUUGAGUUUCCUAGCUCAUCCAAAAAGUUCUUGUGCAUGAGAGAGUUAAAUUUAGACCACAAUCAAUCUUUAACACAGAUACUUGACAUAUCUGGUCUCUUAAAUUUGGAAAUACUGUCAUUUCGAGAUUGUUCGAAUUUAAUUACAAUUCACAAUUCGAUUGGGUUUUUGAAUAAACUCAAAAUCUUGAACGUUACUGGCUGCAGCAAGCUGAGUAGUUUUCCACCCAUAAAGUUGACAUCUCUUCUAAAACUUGAACUUUCACAUUGUAAUAAUCUCAAGAGUUUUCCAGAAAUAUUAGGAGAUAUGAAACAUAUAACAUACAUUGAAUUGGUUGGUACUUCCAUAGAACAAUUUCCAUUUUCCUUUCAAAAUCUCUCCAUGGUCCAUACUUUACAAAUAUUUGGAAGUGGAAAGCCUCAUAAUUUGUCUUGGAUUAAUGCUCGUGAAAAUGAUAUACCGAGCUCCACGGUGUAUUCAAAUGUUCAAUUUCUUCAUCUCAUAGAAUGCAAUCCAUCAAAUGAUUUUCUUCGAAGGUUUGUCAAUGUGGAAGUUUUAGACCUAUCGGGAAGUAAUCUCACCGUUCUUUCAAAAUGCCUCAAAGAGUGUCACUUUUUACAAAGACUUUGUUUGAAUGAUUGCAAGUAUCUCCAAGAAAUUACAGGGAUUCCGCCAAGUUUAAAACGUUUGUCUGCAUUACAAUGCAAUUCACUGACUUCCUCAUGUAGAAGCAUGCUACUUAGUCAGCAUUUGCAUGAAGAUGGAGGCACCGAGUUUAGUUUGGCAGGAAGUGCUAGGGUUCCAGAGUGGUUUGAUCACCAAAGCGAGGGACCAUCAAUUUCUUUUUGGUUUCGUGGCAGGUUCCCUUCCAUAGCUCUCUUCGUUGCUAGUCUAUCAACGGAUAACAGGCAUCCCAACAGUGAUUUUCUUUCAUUAACAGCCCAUCUGAGAACCUAUACCGAUGGUAUUGAGUUUGACAUCAACAGUGUCGAUCUCAAUCUCGUGAUACAACCAGAUCAUACAUAUCUAUAUGAUCUGCGACAGCAAGUGAUGGAACUCGAAUCUGACCUGGAGAAAACAGAUUUAAUAGAUGAAUGGAUCCAUGCAGAGAUUACGUUUAAGUGUGAGGGCGGCAGAGAGGAAGAAUUGUUUAUAGAAAGUGGAGUUCACGUAUUCAAGCUGAAAACUAGUAUGGAGGAUAUUCGAUUUACCAAUCCGCAUAAUUGAGAAAGUUUCAAACCCAACAAAGUAGAAAUAUUUUCUUCCAUCUUCAUUUAGAGUCUCUUAGCUUUUACUUCUAGUAAUUAUGUUGUCAUUGAGCCUUUUGGAGGUUGUCAUCAACUUUGGCCCUCAGAUUUAGAGUUCAUGGUUUUUGUUGUUGUAACAUCUGAGACAAUAAUUUCAUCGGUAUUGGUUUUCAAUAACAAGUGAAAACAAAAUAAUUGUGUCUCAAAAUUAAGUUCAUGUUUGUUUUU